AAUCGUUAAUCGCUGUAGAAACAAAAGGGUAUGCGUAGAUCUGUCGUGUUGGAUGGUGGAAUUGCAUAAAGUGAACAAAUCUUAUUGCGCCACUAAAGAAAAAGUUUAUCUUCGAGGACUUUUUCAUCGUCUCCGAGCCCUAAUUGCCUUAAACUGCUCCAUCAUUUUAGUCUCAGAUGGUGCCAUUCCUGGAAUCAAAGUACCAACUUACAGGCGUCGAUUAAAAGCAAGAUUCGAGGUCGCUGACGAUGGUGUUGAACCUGGGAAAGAGACUUCACUCAAAAGAAAUAUGGGGUCUGAGUUCUCGUGCAUCAUAAAAGAGGCAAAAGUUAUUGCAUCAACACUGGGGAUACUUUGUUUAGACGGGAUUGAGGAGGCUGAGGCGCAAUGCGCUCUGCUGAACUCAGAAUCUUUAUGUGACGCCUGUUUUAGCUCUGAUUCAGAUAUCUUCCUUUUUGGUGCAAAGACUGUAUACCGAGAAAUAUGCCUUGGUGAUGGAGGUUAUGUUGUUUGCUAUGAGAUGGAUGACAUCAAGAAAGAGCUUGGUCUUGGACGGAACUCAUUGAUAGCUCUUGCGCUUCUGCUUGGCAGUGACUACUCUCAGGGAGUUCGUGGUCUUCGUCAGGAGAAAGCUUGUGAGCUUGUUAGGUCGAUUGGAGAAAAUGUUAUCCUUGAAAAAGUUGCAUCAGAAGGACUUGCCUUUGCAGAAAAGCCGAGAAAGUCUAAGAAGCAAGUUAGGCCUUCUGUGUGCAGCAAAAAGGGGACCUUACCUUUGGUGGUUAUAAAUGGAAAUAAUCGUGAACCAGAAGGACUGCAACAGAUCAAGCAGGUGAUCGAUGCCUUCAUGGACCCCAAGUGCCACCAAGCAGACUCUGCUACAGUUUCCAGGGCCUUAGCUGAAUUCUCUUUCCAGCGCACCAAGCUUCAGGAGAUAUGCCAUCAGUUCUUUGAGUGGCCCCCUGAGAAAACAGAUGAAUACAUACUUCCUAAAGUUGCUGAAAGAAAUCUGAGAAGGUUCGCUAUUCUCCACAAGCCGCAGAUGCCAGAAAAGUGUCCGGUGUCUGAAAUCAUAAAGACCCGCAAAGUACAGGGACGAGAAUGUUUUGAAGUCUCAUGGAAUGAUCUAGAAGGUUUAGAGACGUCCAUUGUUCCUGCAGAUCUUGUAGAAAGGGCUUGUCCAGAGAAGAUCAUAGAGUUCAAGGAGAAAAUGGCAGCUAAGAAGAAGAAACCGAAGCCGAAACAAAAACAGAAGGAAACUAGUUCACCGACCAAAUCUUCUUCACUUGCCGAACUCAGCCUCGAACUCCAACACCUUGAUCUCAACUCAACCUCUCUAGUAACUAGAAGCACCGUAGAAGAAGCUGAGCAAGAGAACGAACAACAAAACUCCAAGAAACAUGAUUACUUGUGUCUUAUCGAUUCACCUGAUAGAGAAAAUUGCAAUAACGCUUGGUCGACCAGGGAUAGAUUCGGUGUUGGUCCGAGUUCCUUAUCAUUGUAUCCGGAAACAGAAGUCAUUGAUCUGAUAAGCCCUUGUCCUGAAGCUCGUUCACGUAGCGUGUCAAGAAGUCAUCAAGAACAGAAGAGACAUGAUCACCAACUUGAGACUGUGAUUGAGCUGAGUGAUUCAGAAACAGACGAUGAAGAACAUUGCAAGAAAGCUAGAGAGCUUAGGAUCUUUCUUGAAAAUAUCAGGAAAGACAUUAUCCUAUGAGACAAAAGAAGAUCAUUUAUGAUGAUUAUGUUAUGAGUUCUUUUUAUCUUAUUUUCGUUUUUGUAGAUUUCUGAAAACUAUUAAAACUUUAAAGCUAUA